UACAUAGUAGCUAAACUGGUCUUUCAAUUAGCUAUAAAGUAACUAGCCAAAUGCUGCUAAAGGGGUAACACGGUUCCACGGCGAGGUCGGAAGUAGGCCGCCACUUAAAGGGGAAUGGAGUUUGAAGAGUUAUUUUAAGACUUAGUUGGCACUUUUACUCUUUAGAGGAAAUGGAGAGAAGACUGGAAGAGAAGCUAAGAAUCAGCCAAAAAGAGAGGAUGUCGGGUGGGAAUGCCGUGCGGUCUCCAAUGAAAACAGCCAUUGUUAUCCAAGAUGACUCCCUGCCAGCCGCUCCGCCACCUCAGAUAAGAAUCCUUAAGCGUCCCUCUAGCAACGGAUCCCUGGGGUCUCCACUGACGCAGACACGCCCAGCGCCACAGGUGAAGUCUCUAGCCCAGCGGGAAGCUGAAUAUGCCGAAGCUCGAAAGAGAAUCCUGGGCAGCGCCACCCCCGACGACACACCACAGGAAAGGCCUAAUGCUGACAGAUCACCAAGAAUAAACACCACUCCGUCAGACGACACCCGAUCAAACAAUCACGUGGUCCGCCAGCCAGCUGGCCCAGAUGGUACACAAGGCUUUCGGCAGCGUAGAUAGGAAUACAGAUCUCUGCUAAGGAGACUCGAGGAGGACAAAUUGGGGGGAGGGCUCAGGAUCUUUGGGGAAGGGCUUUUUGUUUUUUUAAAAAGGAGAAUUUGACAUUUAUCUGUAACAUAAGAAUGCGUGGUCUCUUACCACCCCGCAUGGCGUUUUUUGUUGUUGGGGACUUUUCGGAGCAGCAGAGGAAAUGCGCCCUCUGUUCUCUCCAUUGUACACUGUGAUGAGGACAUUGCUCCUUACAGACACUACUCACUGUGAUGUACCCAGAGUACACCUGCCUGCCCCAGCCACCGCCCAAACUCUUGCAUCGAUCGAAGAAAGAAAUGACACAAAACGAUUCCUUCUCUCCACGUGGCUUAAGGAACGGUGCCUGGAACCUAAACGGUCACGAGAAACCUUCACGCCAGAUGACUGACAUGGAUGUUGGACACAGACAGGUCUGUGUAAAAGACUAUGAAUGAAUUGGAAGAAGAUUAUUGAGGGAAGGGUGAGGAUAGAGAAAUGGAAUAGUCCUGACAUCAGGAAGGGCACAGGAUGCCUGCCCACUCCCAGCAAUAACACCACCUGUUGCACUCUUGAUAAUCAGUCAGUCCUCCUUACUGCUCAAAUGUGUCCUUCAAUGUUGUCUUGACAUUACUGUUUUACUUAAGUUUUCGGUUAUUGAGUAAGUCUGUCAAUUGCCAUACAUUUUUAAUUGGGAAGGUAGGAAGGUUGUUUUUGGUAAAACCUGUUGCUGUUGAGUUGAAGUUCUAUUGUUUACAGUUAGCUUUUUGUUCUUUUUCUUCUGCUUAUGUCCUCUGUAAGCUGUCCUAAUUUUUAUUUAUAUGAAAGAAAACAGCAAAGAGAAAUUAAUUGAUGGAGGAAAUAACAGGAUGAAAAUACAUUUUUAAGUAGCUUUCUGCAUUUUUAUGUAUGGUUUGAAAUGGUAGUGGCUUUUAGAUCCAUACAUAUUUUUAAAACUGAUCAAAACAUGAAAAUGACAAUAUUUUGUCCUGUAAAUAUUGGUUAUUCUAAACUUGUGCAGAAAAGCACCUGUGGGAAGUGGUGUAUGGGAUAUGGUUAAUCCAUUCUCAUCCACUCUUCCCUCCUCAUAUCUGCUGUCCGCUGAAUUCUCUCAGAUGUGCUUUACUCAUGUAGGAACCCUGGUGUUCCAAGAGAGCUGAAUGAAAUUUGGGUGUUUAAACUAGGAAUAUUCACAUUAAUUGGUGGCACACUAUCAAGUUAUAUCUGAUGGUGUGAUUAACCCUUCACCUCUUGAGUGAAAGCCCAAAGGAGGAGAGAUGUAAACCUUUCCAAAGACUUGAGGGAUUUGUACCCCCUACACUGUUGAACAGCUCGUUUUUUUUUUUCAUAAAAGGGACCUAUAUAAAGUCUCUCCGAACAUGCACAAAAAGGCUAUAUUCUGCUCCACAGUGCAAUUGAAAUGAGAAUGUUGCUGUACCUUUGCAAUAUCACAUCUACUGCCUUUCCCUCAUUUCUCUCAGCAUCUAUUCAGUCCUCACUGGUUUGUCCUCAACUUACCAGGACCUUAUCAGGGGACUGCCCUUGUGUUUUGUCUCACAGGGACUUUUUAAAAUGUCCAGUUAUAUCGAUUUUAUCCAGGGGAGUUAGUCACAUGCUGAUCAAACACACAAAUCUGCCUGUACAUACUAAAGAAAAUGGCCAUUUAAUAAAGGAUUUUUAAAAUACAA